CGCUACACCGCCUUGUUACUCAUCAUUUGUGGCACACCUGUCGCCUUGGCCGCCACCGCCGACGCUGCCAAGCCCAACUGCGGCGCCAGCACCGCUGCCAAGCACAUCCAACUGUUGCAACCGUCGAACCCACCGCUCAAAUGCAUCUAUCACAUAAACACCUACAGCCGACAAGUGUGCCAGCUACGCAUUGAUUUUUCGAUGACCCUCGCCCAGCCCAGCAUACCCGAUGCGCAGAACGGCUUGUGGUAUGUGCAAUGUGUGAACGAUUAUUUCGCGGUGAAUGGCUUGAGACUUUGCGGCUCGGAAACGGCGCAACACAUUUAUGUACCACUCAAUGGCACCGCCGGCGCGCAGAGUGUCGAUCUGAGCAUUAUUUUGGCGGCACGCGUUGGCCGUAAUGGACAUUUACCCAUACCGCGCUGGAAUAUGGUCGUGACACAACUCGAGUGUCUACCGAGUGCGGCGCUGCGUAGUACUUACAUGGAACUGAUGUCAGGAGCGCCGCAGGAGAAUAUGGAUAUUGAGAAAACUGUGCGCUCUAUAGCACCACACGCCAACUUCAGUGAUAGUUCCCUCAUUGCGCCAACGGGUUGUUUGCAAUAUUUUCCACAGCCCACAGGAACUAUUACCUCGUUCAAUUAUAACGGUGGUGGCGGCAUUUAUAUGGGCAACUUGAAUUAUGCGAUCUGCUUCCGUCGCCCUCAGUCCACCAAACUACUGGAACUCAAGGUACGCUACUUCCAGCUGGGCGCCGAAUAUAGCCACCAGAAAUUUCAGGAACUGGACAAUUAUUGCCGACCACAGUUGCACAGCGAAGGUUUAAGUGAAGACUAUUUGCUGAUACCGCAGGCCACUAUUGAGGACAGCAACAUACGCGCCACACAUUUCUGUGGCAGUAGCAUACAGGGUGACACUGUUACGAGCACCAACCCAGGCCCUUUGAUGCUGAUUUUCAAUAGCGAUGGCAACUACAAAGCCGGACGGGAAGUUGGCUUCGCUUUAAGCUACAGGGUAGUGUAG